CUCUGAGUGUUGUGUCGGAGACAGUCUGCUCCAGUGUCUCCUCCGGUCCGGCUAACAUUAGCUGUCUGACCCGCUUGGCUCCGAAGCAAAUUUGGCGAGUACAUAUGUUUUAUAGGCCGGACAGCAUUAACACUAAACGUCGGAUGGUAACCACAAAGGCGUAACUGGAACGGGUAACCGUCAAUGCAAAGACAGAGGAUCCAUGGCAAAGUGGCUGAAGGACUACUUGAAUUUUGGCAGCAGGCGUGAUCCUCCACAACCCCCGAGGCCAGAUUACAGUGAGAGUGAGAUUUUAAGGGCCUACAGAGCUCAGAAGGAGCUAGAUUUUGAGGACCCAUACCAACACUCUGAUAAGGAGCACCAGAAUGGCGGUUUUGGCUUCUGUAAUGCUACUGUGAGCAUUCCCUCGUUCCCUGCAUUUGGUUCAGUGCCUAAUGGUGGGGAGGUAAAAGUUGUAUCUCCAAAACACAGACUGAUUAAAGUAGACUCUCAGGAGUUUGGUCGCUGUAAAAUCCCUCUGAGUCCUGUGACUGUUCAAGAGGAACCUGUGGUUCCCUCUGCCCCAGCAGCGUCAGAGGCUGACGCAGAUUACGCUGAUCCUUUUGAUGCACAUCCACACCCAAGAGCUGGAAUAAACCGGGAGCCCAAAUCUGCACCAGCAGAUUGCUGUAGUUACAUGGAGCCAUUUGAGGCCCAACGAAUCAUUUCAGAGCUGCAGCACAGCAUGAUGGCCAACAGGUCUGGGAGUGGAGAUGGCAGCCAGUUAUAUGAUAAUCCAUAUGAGGAGAGGACUCGGCAGCAUCAUCGAGCUGCUCCACCUCAGAACAUUCAGGGAGGGCUGGUAGAGGACAAGGAGAGCAGGCUGCCUCAGGACGAUGAGAGGCCAGCUGAUGAAUACGACCAGCCAUGGGAGUGGAAGAAGGACAACAUCUCUAAAGCCCUGGCAGUUCAGUUUGAAGGGGCAGAAAGGGAACGCUCAUGGGCUCAGACAGAACAGUCCAGGCUUACUAAGACAGGUGCUACAUCUACCACAUCAGAGGCAACUACACUCCGUCUUGUAGGUGACAUACCUCCUCUGCUGGGGGAGAGAGUGGAUCCAUCUCUGCCGCUGGAGAAGCAAGUGUGGUACCAUGGAGCCCUGAGCCGCGCUGAGGCGGAGAGUCUACUGACUCUGUGCAAGGAGAGCUCCUAUCUGGUGAGGAAUAGCCAGACAUGCCGGAAUGACUUUUCUCUCUCUCUAAGGAGCUGCAAAGGCUUCAUGCAUAUGAAGUUCACCCAGUCUGCAGACGGUUGCUAUGUGCUUGGAGAGAACAGCCCUCCGUUCACGACCAUCCCUGAGGUCAUCACCUACUACACAACACACAAGCUGCCAAUCAGAGGAGCUGAGCACAUGUCCCUGCUGUAUCCUGUCCCAGUGCAGACCCUCUGACGUGACAGACACUGACUCCCAAUUUUCCUGGUGCUACUGAAUAUAUCUAUAUUCUUAGUAUUUAGCUAUUUCUACCUGUUUCCUACAUGCUACAGCACUGCCAUUCUACCUGCACAGCUUACAAGAGAUUUGACUGUCUGGUGCCAUCUUUUACUUUAAUCCCUGUAUCUACACUGGCAGCUUACAAGAGAGCUCAGUGCUUAAAGAACUUGUGAAACAGUAUAUCACUGAAAUCCCUCUAUUUUAAUGCCAUGGACUCUUGAAAUUCAGCAAUCACUGAUAGUAAGAUUGGUAGCUGAGUACGUCCAUGUCACAGAGAAAAAGACAGAAUCUAGUCUUGAGGUGGUAGAAUUUAUGUAUUCUUGCAUGGAGUUUUGUCUUUAUUGCGGUCAGAUGUGACACCGACUUAAAGAAUAUUAUCGGUGGGGUCGGGGUGGCCUUAGCUUGUGCCAAUAAUCCAGGUAUUUUUCUUCUUUCUCCCCACAUGAAUUUCAUGUUUUAAACUUGACGCAAAGGUCAAAGUGAUUGGAGGGUUGUGUGAGCAUUAAAACUAGGUAUAGAAGAUUGAAAAUGCAGUUGAAAGAGUGCUGUCACUGUAAACAGCAUUGUUAUAUUUUUAAGUGUUAGUUACAAUAAUGAACCAAACACUACAUAUUUAACCCAGACCAUCGCUAGGCUCUGGAGUUUUCUCUCUGUGUGUUUCAGAGGCCUGUGAAUGUUACUUCAUGCUGUAGCCGUUUGCCCUGGAGUGUUCUAGGAGUGUUCUUCUUCCUGUUAAUGUGUGAACAAUGCAAAGUGACAAUACAGUGUCAGUAAUGUCACACAAUAACAGGCUCCUGCAAUAGUAGUUUAGACAAUAAUAACUACAGUAUUAUACUGAAAGCUUGUGGCUUUGUGGACAUGAUUAUCAAAGAAGCUUUGGUAGUUUAUUUACUGUGCUGUUUUAUAAGAUUUUAAAUGCUUGUUGAA